CUGGGUUUGAGUGUGAGGACUUGAUGUGGACACUGUGACAAGAUCUGGGCGCCGUUACCCUUCUUGUGUCCCUGCGACCGCUUCCUUCAUACCGCCGUCUCGCGCGGCCUGCGAGACACCACUGGCGAUGUCGGGAAGGAGUCGGACCAAGGCGCGUCAGCAGGAGGCCUCACAGCCCGCACAGCAGAGCGCACCGAGCCCCUCCCCCAUGUUCCACGUCGACAACAGAUACUCCAUCGUGGACAUCAUCGGAAGUGGCGCAUAUGGUGAGAACCCAGCGAGGGCCACACCUGCGCGGCCUCACAGACAGAUGCACAGCACACUCGCGACGUUGUGUGCACGUUUCCAUCGUCUCACGUUGCCUGUCUGCCGGGAGAAUACUGCAUGUGUGUGUCCGUGCCCGCGCAUGUGACUGUCUGUGUGUGCAGGUGUGGUUGCCGCGGCCAAGGACACGGUGAUUGGCGAGGUGGUGGCCAUCAAGAAGAUGCAGCACGCCUUUGACCACUUGAUGUUCACCAAGCGGACGCUGCGGGAGCUGCGGAUUCUGCGGCACCUGCGGCACGAGAACAUCAUCGAGGUCAAGCAGAUCCACCUCCCGGGCCAUGAGGACUCGUUCGAGGACGUCUACGUCAUAUGCGGACUCAUGGAAACCGACCUCGGGGCCAUCAUCAAAUCCAGACAACCGCUCAGCGACGACCACUACCAGGUGAGGUGCGGGCGUGGCGUGUUUGUCGGCGAGCGACAGUCACACUCGCGAGAUGUGGUGGUGUCAUCUUCUGCUGUCUUUGUCUGGUGUGGUGGGUUGUGGUGUGGUGUGGCGCGUGGUGUCAGUUCUUCAUAUACCAGAUACUGCGUGGCGUCAAGUACAUCCACUCGGCGGGCGUCAUCCACAGGGAUCUCAAGCCACGCAACCUUCUCGUCAACGCAAACUGCGGUACGCCACGCCAUGAACACACCUCAUGUGCCCACCCACACCACAUUCACAAUGACUCACGCACCUCUCUCUCCGGCUCCUUGUGCUGUGUGUUGUGCUACCUAAACAGAUCUGCAGAUCUGCGACUUCGGUCUGGCGCGCAUGGUCUUUCCGUCGUCCCCAUCGUCGAGGCGGCACUCACACACAUCGACGCGGGGCCUCCCGCACACACGCCAGCGGUUGUGUUCGUCGGGCAGUCUGUGUGGCGACCGGGCGGAGGAUGGCGGAUACGACGGGGAGUUCCCAAACCUCAUGGUUUGUGCGCACGAGGAGAGAGACAAAGAGGGACACAAAUGUCUAUGUGUGUGGUGCGUGUUUGGUGUGGUGUGUAUGUGUGAAGACGGAGUAUGUGUCCACGCGUUGGUACCGAGCGCCCGAGGUUUUGUGUCAGUGGAAGCACUACGGGACGGCCAUCGACGUGUGGAGCAUCGGAUGCAUCUUCGCUGAACUGCUCUGCGGCACUCCGCUGUUCCCUGGUGCACACACCACGCACAUGCUCCCUUCUCACACGCGCACAUACGUCGGUAUGUCUCUCGCGCCGCUUCUCGUUCUCCCCAGGUAAGGACACUCAGCAUCAACUGCGGCUGAUCAUCGGUCUGCUGGGCACCCCGACGCCCGAGGCGAUCGCCAAGAUCCCCAACGAGAGGUGCCGCGACUUCAUCAUGCGGCUGCCCCGGUCGGAGCCAUACGCACUUCACGAGCUCUUCCCGGAGGCUAACCGGCAGGCCAUCGACCUGCUCGGCAAGAUGCUGCAGUUCGAUCCCGACAAGCGGAUAACCGUCGAGGACGCACUCGCACACCCAUACCUCGCCGCACUGCACUGUCCACGCGAUGAGGUGAGCUACCCUCACACAAUGGUGUGGCAGGAGGGGUGAGGUGAACCUGUUCCGUGUGUUAUGUUUGUCCGGUCAGCCGACCCGUUGUGCGAUCAAUCCGUUUGAAUUCGACUUCGAGAGGCGCGACAACUCCACCGACUCGCUCCGCAAGGAGAUCUGGCGCGAGAUGCUCGCAUACCGGUCGCAGCUGCACCCCACACCCACACCCACCCCAACACCUACCCAUUCCCCCACCCCCGAGCCAGAGCCCGACGCGUCGCCGUCGCAGGGCGGGCUGUCCGACAUGGACGAGUCGGAGGACGACGGCGCCAUCGUCGAGGACACCGGCCAUGCAGGGUUCGGCCCCACCGCACACAAGACGUCGCUGCCGACGCCGUCGGUGAACAUGGAGGUGUCCUGUGCCGAGACCCCCACGCAGCAGCCCCUGCAGACGCCGGCUGCCAAGGGGCCGUGCGCCACCAUGGCGCCCUCCCCGCCCUCGUACGGCCACCCUGACGUGGCCAUGGGUGGGGGCGAGAGCGACAUGGUCAUGCGCAGGAUGGGCGCCAUCGCCAGCCAUCCGUGUGCGGAGCCGCUGGGCGAGGUCAAGCAGGUGCAGCCGACCGAUGAGGACUCGACCAUCAUGGGAGAUCCACAAUCUCACGGUGAGGGGUGAAACCGGGUGGGGGCUGGAGAGAAGCGUCCAUUUAUGUGGUGAUGUGUAUGUGGUGUCUUGUCUUUCGUCAGGUGCGCGCAUCGAUUUUAGAGAUUCGCGUGCGCACUCGGCCCAGCCCCACAAGUCGGCCUCCCUCCCGUCCCUCCCCUACCCCCACACACAAGGCCCCCCGCCGCCAUACACCAGCGGCACCCACCACGACAGCAGCAGCAAUGGGGAGGUUUUCAUGGACAUCGACGAGGACGCGCCCGCCUGCCUGCCCUCCUCCCUCCCCUCCCUGCCCCUCGCCGGCAGCAGCAGCAAGGCGCACUGCACCCUGACCUUCUCGCCAACCGGGCCGUCAUUCCCCAUCCUCACGGUCUCACACGACUCAACAUGCACCUCCACCAGCACCACGGCGUCAUCCUUCCCCCCUCACUUCAGCCCCCAGCAGAGCAACUGCUCCACGAGCAGCACCAGGCGGGGUGCCGACACGGGCGACACGUGCUCGUUCAGAGAAUUCGAGAAGUUCCUCGAGCACGGCGCGGACCCUGUGCAUAUGGCGAGGGCGAUGCACGAGGUGGGUGUGGCGCAUUUGGCGGCCACGCGGCCGCGGGAAGGGACAAUAGAGAGGGACAACAACUAGGGGGCGGGGCGGAGUGCGGGGGGCGGCGCUGCGUUGUUUGGUUGUGUUCGUGUUGUGGUGGUGUGUGUGCUUGAGAGGGGUGGGUGACACAGGGGGCCAUGCAUGGGGUUCGUGAGUGAGGGAGGGAGGGAGGGAGGGCUGGCUGUCUUGGUUUCUUUUCUCUUCCUGCCUCCUCUAUGCCUUCCUGCCUGCCUGCGUGCGUCAACUCUUACACACAUUUGCGUACCUGCGUGCCUGCGUGAGGCUGGUGGGUGGGGCAUACAUUGUCUGUCUGUCUGUCUGUCUUUCCUCCCUCCCCCUAAGCUAAGACCCUUUCAGUGCACUCGCAGGUACACACAUGCCUACGUUCACACUCACCACGGCAAUCAAUCAAGGGGUUGGGCUUUCUGCCACGUGGCAAGGUUAUCAGGUAUCUAUCUAUCGUGUCUAUACCACAACACAACAUAACCUAACCUGGCGCAGCACCGCAGCUUUCAAGGUCAGAGCAGGGCGGGCAGGCAGGUCGGUCAUUUUUGUAAGUGGCUGUCCGUGUCGACUGCGUGUCCGUCCGUCCGUGCCCGUGCCUGAUUGACGGAGGUAGAUGCUCGCUAGCUGCUGUGGUAUGAUGCUCACUAGCCGCUGACUCCCCCAAUGUUGCUCGCUAUCUGAAAGAGAGAGAGCAGCCGAGGGGGCAAUGCAUGAGACAGAGAGACAGACAGACAGGCAGGAAGGCAGGUAGACAGGAGUGCACAUCUGCCUGAGUUCGCCUAUGGCGCCAUUGGGGAGGGCUGAAGGGCGGGAAGGGGAGGGGAGGACGGCCGUACUGGGCUCUUCUCAUGCGUCCGUCCAUCACUUGACACAUCACACCACAUCAAUCGCAUCGGGUUUUCAUGCGGUUGUGCUAAUCGCAUUCAUUCCACUCACAGGUCCAUUAUGAUCAAUCAUCUUAUAUAUCUUGUGAAUGGAUGCAGUGCACGUGUGUACGGUAUGUAAUGUGUAACAGCAGGUGGUUGCUCACUUCGAGCCGAGUGAGGUUUUGCAUUCCAUUCAUGCAGGUGAUAUGCAUCCGUCGCGUUUCGUUUCGUUUCGUUUGGUUCCUUCCGUUGCGUUCGUUUGUGCGUGCGUUUUCUUUUCUUGUCUUUUCGUUUCACGCUGGCUGGCUGACUGCUCGACUGGCUGACUGGCCUGUUUCUCGGUUGAUUGCUCUGUGGCCGAUGAGUACAUGCGGGUGUGCCGAGCCUGAUUGUGGCUGAUAGGUAGGUUAUCGCAUGCAGCAGGCUGGCUGGCGAGAAGAUGCGGUGCUUGUUGUUGUAUCGAGCAUCAAUCCAUCCGCCAGAUAGAUAAAGGACGAUCGAUGCAACUGACGGGCGGCGAUGGGCGAUCUUUUUGGUCGGUAUGAUAUGCAGCGGGCUUGCUCAUGUAUGUGCGGAUCGAUCGACCAGUCAGCGUGGUCGGCUCUUUUUUCCUUCCUUGCUUACUUUGCAUGCAUGCAUGGAUGCAUCUAUCCUAUCAAUGGUUUCUUUGAGUGCAUGGUGUGAGCAUCGAGCACCCACCCAUCCAUCCCUCCAUCCCCUUGUUUUGCCGCAUGUAUCGCAACUCAUCCACGGAUACACAUACUCACACGCACGGAAAGCGACACACGAAUAAACGGGGUUGUGGGCGAGUGGGUGGGUGGGUAGGCCGAUCAGAUAAACGGACCGACUGUGAGGUGGAAGGCAGGGCAGAGAGACAGAGGGAGGGAGGGAGGGAGGGAGGGACAGAUGAGGGGAGGAACAGCAGUGUUAUCUGCUGAGUACGACGCAAUUCAUAGAGAGAGAGAGAGAGGGCGGGCUGGCUGGCUGGCUGGCUGGCUGCGAUGAGUGAGGGAGGGUGCAUGGCAUGUUUCUCUGCUAAUGGUGUGCACGUGUAUGUGUGGCCUGUCCGUGUGCGCUGGGCUGGGGUGGUCUGCUGAGUGCGUGGCGUGAAUGACUGGCUUCCUGGCUUGCUGUGGUAGCCUUGUUACACACAUCGAUGUAUGUAUGACACGUGUGUAUUUCUAUGUCUGUCUGUCAAUGCUGGCUGGCUGGCUGGUUUUAUUCACUCACUCACUCCCCGCUCAUUCAGUGCACCCAUUGUCCGUCCGUAUGCGUGGUGACUCGUUCGGUCCGCUCCCUCGGUCUCUGUUCGUUCGUUCGGUCGUUGGCUGCUCUGUCCUACCGGCCGGUAGCGCAGAGGCCUUUCUUCAUACACACACACAAGGAAGGAGAUAUACAAACACGGCGGCCAGGGAGGCCACCACGCUCACCUCAUUGUCUCUUUCUCACCUCAUUGUCACUCGUCAUUGAUCCGCUCAUCCAUUGCAUCCAUUGCCUCCAUCCAUCCACCCAUCAGUGCAUUGGUCGAUUGGUCGUCGUGUGCCCUACGUAUGCUAUGUAUCUAAACAUGUACGCACCUAUGAAUGUAUGUACGUAUGUAUGUGUAUGUGUGUGUACUGACUUACUUCCUCUGUGGAGAAUGUGUAUGUGAAUGUGUGUAUGUGUAUGCACACCCAUGGCCUGCAAUGCACUCACUGCAGCACAUCUUUUCUUCUCGUCUGCUCGCUCGUUGCAUUUGUACUCAUUCACACAUGGGCGCUUCGGCACGGAUGGAUGGAUGCAUGGAUGGAUGGGUGGACUCUCUCGUUGUAUUUUUCGUCGCGGCUUCCCUGCUCGUCUCGUGUGUGCACUCCUCACGUGUCACACAUGUAUCGAGCGGUGAUCCGCGGUCAUUUGAUCUCCCUUCUCCGUCCGUCCAUCCAUUCAUCCAUCCAUCCAUCACUCACUCACUCACGACACACACUCUUUGGACAUCUCUCAGUCUGUCUGUCUGUCUGUCUCUGUCUGUCUGUCGCUCUCUGUAUGUAUAGCCCUUCCUUGCACUCUCGCACUCCUCUCAUCUCCUCUGCGGCCUUCUGGCUCGAGGUUAUUCGUACGUACGUAAAGCACUCACUCUUACACAUAGUCAGACGCCUGGAUACCUGCCUCCCCGCCUGCCCGCCCGAUCAAACUGUGGUCGUCAGUUUUUCUCUGCUUUGCAAUGCGCUGCCUGGGGUAGCACAACACAGAGAACAGCAUGCUCUCAAGCUUCCAGUUGACUCUGUGUGUGUCUGUCUCCUUUCUAUGUAUGUAUUUUUCGAGGUGGCUGGCGAACUUGGUGGCUGCGUUCAUUCGUCUCUUCUCUCCUUCUCUGGCUGGCUGGCUGUCUGGCUGUUCGGGCGCUGCGGGUCUGUGGGUCACGUCACACACAGGGAGGGGAGGGGAGAGAAGGUCCGGUCCCUUGGUCGAUCGGCUGCUUGGCGGGCGGGCGGGCGGGCAGGCAGGUUGUAUAGGCAUUCACACAUUCGUAUUCGUUAUAUAUUCGUUUGUCCGUUUUCUUUGAUUGUUUGUGGGGUCGAUCGAUCGGUCGAUGUGUAUGUGUGGAUGUAUAUACAUGUGUGUGUAUCACUCACUCACUCUCUCUCUCUCUGCGGCUGGUCGGUCGGUCGGUCGGUCGGUCGGGCACUCAUCCACUUCCUCUCACUUACUUGCCUCGCUCUCCUCUCUAUCCGUCUGUGUGUCGUGUUGUGUUGUGUUGUGUUGUGCUGCACAGUGCUGGGUGACACGGUGUAUACUAGGUAGCUCUCUGCCUGUCCUCUCUCCCUUGGUCCUGCCAAGACGUGCCCUCUCUCACUCGCCGUGCCUCACGAUGGAUGGAUGGAUGGAUGGAGUUUCAUUGUCGAUUGGCUGGUUGGCUGGCUGUUUGCUCUCCUCGUGCUAUGUGGGUGUUGGUUCGGUGGGUCAGUCAACAGGUGUGUGUUCGGUUGGUCGGUCGGUCGUACUUUCUUGUGUGUCUUGUCGAUGGAUGGAUGGAUGGAUCGGCUGAGUGAGCUGCUUUUAACAUUUAAGGCCGGCACGUGUGCAAUGGCAUGGGUGCUGCAGUGUGUGCUGUGCGUACCUUGUCUGUGAGCCUGUCUGUCUGUCUGUCUGUCUGCAAAGGGCCUUUUUGAAACCAACACCAGCAAGGAAGUCAAGUCGAUCGAUCGAUCGACAGCCAUCCCCCGCCUCCCACCCACCCCCUCACUCACUAGACCCCCCCGAUUCAUACAUAGCCUGCCUGCUGUGUGUAUGUAUAUAUAUCCGCCUGCUGUGUGUGUGCGUCCGAGACGAAUGGAUGGUAUGGAUGAUCAUGGUAUGGUAUACACGUGUGACAGCCAGCACUGUGUGAUGCACCCAUCUUUUUGCGUACGUACACAGUGGAUCGAUGCAUCGCCUGUGUGUGUGUCUGUGUGUGGUGUUUUUCCCCUGCUCCAUCUGAGUCUCUCUCUUUCUUGCCGCCCGCCUACGGCGUGCGUGGGUGGGUGCGUGCGUCUCACUGCAUUGCGGCUCUGGAGAGAGCCUAGGGCAUGCUCGUAAGCCGUUAUCACGACCGACCGACCGACCGACAGACAGCCAAGCCGAAGGCCCGACCGACCGCUUUUAUUGAUGUGCGUACGUCACAUGCGUAUGGAUGUGCUGUGUGUGUGUGUGUUGGUGAGAGAGUGCAUGGCGUGAGGUGAGCAGUCAGUCGUGUAUGGGCAGUCAGUCAGUCCGUCCUGCUGUGAUGCGAUGCGAUGUGUGUCCCAGUCAGCGAGUGUGACCUUUUUUGUGUGUAUGUCCGUCCAUCUGUCUGUCUGUCUGUCUACGCGUACCAGCUGAGGCCAACCCAUUUAUCUACAGCCAGCGACAAACGAGGGAGGGAGGGAGGGAGGGAGUAAGGGAGUAAGGGUGCGUGUUGUCCACCGGAGGGCAUUGCACACACAAUGGCAAAGAUACAGAUUUUGAUUAUGCAUGCGUACCGAGGCGAGGAGAGUGCAGUGCCCCCCUUUUUUGUUCCAUGCUCACCCCACCCACGCAACGCACCGCACCCCCUAUACACACCUGCGAUGCAUUCCUUCAUUUCUUCGUUCGUUGUGCUGGCUGGUGUGUGCAUGUACGUAUGCAUCCAUCCAUCCAUCCACCAACCUCAUCCCACCUACCAUACGCACCCGCAUCUCUCUCUCUGUUGCCUCUCUCUACCUCCCUCUCUCUAACCUUGAUCCCUCCCGGCCAGCUGACGCGCCUGGGUUGGUUUUCCCUCUGCCUUGCCUUGCUUGAGUAUUCCAUUCAUUCCUUAAUUCGGCCGUCGUUGCGUACUUGUGUCUCGCUCGGCUUCCUCAUUCGCGCGCGACGCACAACGUGUCAGCCACGCCCUCGGUCAACCAGUCAGACGGACAGGCAGACAGCAGGACAGACAGCGACAAGACAGCCAACACAUUUAGUAAGAGUGAGCGACUGACCGGAACGAAGGAAGGAGCACAUGCACAUAAGUACGUGCACAUAGACGAGGCCAGCGCGACGGGACGACGGCCGCACUGCUUACAUCCGAUACUUACCUGCUGCUUACUUGCUAUACUCUCUCGUGGGCGUGGGGUGGCCGGCGACGGUUUUGCCUGAAUCGAUCACAGCCAGCCGCAUGCACCCAUGCUUAUCCAUGCUUAUCGAUCCAUCGUUCCCGAAGAACAUACAUGUGUGCGUGUAUACUUGUCCUGUGCGUCGCUCCUUUUAUAUAUGUGGCUCCCUCUAUCUGCCGCAGGGUGCUUCGCUUCGGAGACGCGUCGGUCGGUGCAGUGUGUGCGUGUCGUGUCCAUCUGUCUAUCUGUCUGCAUUAAUUGCUGUACGUUACUUACACGUGUGUCGUGUCGUGUCGUGUGGUGUUGUGUUGUGUGAGUACAUCUGUCUGUCUGUGUAUGAUGUGGGUACUUACUCGCUGACCCGACAGCCGACUUGCACCUUGCUUGCUUGUAAUUAACUAGGCACCUUCUUACUUGCCUGUUGCCAUGUCUGCAUGUGUGUAUGUGUGGCUUGCCUUCCUCCCUAUCUCUGUCUGUCUCCGUCUCCUCCCUCCUGCGCGUCAAGAUGCGACAACACAUGAUGAUGCACUCAUGCGGUGGAUGGAUAUGGCAUGGAGAGACAUAUGAUGUCCGGACGCCGGCUGUGCGCGUAACUGCGUCACAUCCACCUGUGUACGUGGAUGGGAUGAUCACUCUGUGAAAGCUAUUUAUGAGCAGAGGAAAAAUUACAAGAUGGGGGCCUUAAGAAGGACCAUGGAUGACCAGAUCGUG